UAUAGAAUCAGAAACAUCACUAGGGAAAAAAAGUCACUAAAACAACAAUUGUACAACACAUCUGUAAAUUUAACCCGACCACCACCAGUCUUACCGACAUAUAACAACAUUACAUCAACACCAGUCGACACUGAUAACAAUAUUCAAUCUGUAAAUACAAUCAUAAUAGCAGUAUUGAUAAGACUUGCUAUUAUAACAUUACUUGUAGGAUAUAUUCUUUAUUACCAAAAGAGAGUAAGAAAGACAACUGGAGAAGCAUCCUUAGAAGAUAUAGAAGUGGCAAGAAAAGUAUAUGAUAAU